AUACAAAUGUAUAAAUAUUGAUAUCUUCACACCUACUACAUCUUGUACAGCCCCAUAAUGCUCAGAGUUGUGUUGGUCUCGGCUUUCUUUGCUGUGUCCCUAGCUCACAAGGACUUAAAAAAUGCAUUUGAUACUUCGUCAUCAGAGGAAGAGGAGGAUGGACUGAAGCAAGGUCACUGUCCUAUAGAUAUCUCUGGCAACUCCUCCCUAGCUGCCUGCCCCUCCUCAUGCUCUAAUGGCACCAACUGCUCAGACCUGGAUUGCUCAUCUCACACCAACUGCACAGGGAUCCAAAAGUGUUGUGCAACCAGCUGUGGGAUGAAAUGCUUGGACCCAGCAUACAAGAUCUGCAGAACGGAUGAGGACUGCUCAAACAAUUUAAUCUGCUGCAGAAAGAGAUGUGUUAGUGUGUGUGUCACCCCAAAACCUUACUUAGCCCUGAAGAAGAAUGGGAAAGGACUGAAAGCCAAGUUGAAAUGAGAUUGCGGCUGAAGAACCUGCACACACAGCGGCAAAUGGAUUUUGCACGUGGAAAGAGCAGAGAAUUCUAUUUAACUCUAAUAAAAAGUAACAGAAUUAAAA